CCCAGAUAGUCCCGCCUGGCAGGAAUCAAGCCCUUCCCCCCUACACACACACACAGCCGCAGCAGAUAAAGGCACCCAGCUCAGCCCCGCUCCUAGCUAUCCCUGAGCGGCCUUCUCACGAUGUCCCGCCACUGCACGAUCCUCGCCUGGACCCUCCUUGUCCUCCUCGGAGCGGCUCAGAAAGCCGGAGGCCAGAGCAGCUGCGGCUCCAUCGUGCCUCGAAGCGACUGGAAUGCCCUGGCUUCCGAGUGCACCGAGCGCCUGAGCCUGCCCGUCCGCUACGUCGUGAUAUCGCACACGGCGGGCAGCACCUGCAGCUCCCCAGACUCCUGCGAGCAGCAGGCCCGGAACGUGCAGUACUACCACAUGCGCACGCAGGGCUGGUGCGACGUGGGCUACAACUUCCUGAUUGGAGAAGAUGGGCAUGUCUAUGAGGGCCGGGGCUGGAACACCAAGGGCGCCCACUCAGGUGGCAACUGGAACUCCAGAUCCAUUGGCAUCUCCUUCAUGGGCAACUACAUGGAGCGGGUACCCCCAAAACGGGCCCUCCGGGCAGCCCAGAAUCUGCUGGCCUGUGGUGUGGCUCGGGGAGCCCUGAAAUCCAACUACCAGCUCAAAGGACACCGGGAUGUGCAGCAGACGCUCUCUCCAGGCGACCAGCUCUACCAAAUCAUCCAGAGUUGGCCACACUACCGUCAGUGAGGCCCUGCUUACUGCCCACCCCCGUCCCGCCCCCGGCCAGAAGCCCUGCUGCCGCUUCCUUCCCACGUCCUCCAAUAAAGAUGCCACUCCAGCUGU